CCUCCCUCCCUGCCUCCCUCCCCCUGUGCCCUGCCCACCCCGGCGGUCUCUUCUCCAGCCCUGCCAGAGCCAAUCCGCGACUGGGUGUAAGUAGGGCAAGCCGCUUCCUGGUUCUCAGAAAGAAGGAGCAGGGAGUCGGAGUGGGCCAGCGGAGGCAGCAGACAGGGGGGUCAGAGCAGCCCAGAGAGCCGGCGGUCUGCAGAGAGAGGAGACGACGGAGGGGAGAAAAACGCCGACGCACGAUUUGGCGAAGAAUAAAAGCUCCCGGGUGUCGAGCCGAGGGCGGCGGUGAGACCCGGCGGAGAAGAAGAGACGCGAGCUGAGAUAAAAAAAAAAAAAAAAGAAAAAAAAAGAGAAGAAGUAGCAGAAGCAGGCAGGGUGGGACGGAGUAAUCCAGGAAGUGUGGAGGCCGGUCAGGUGGGAGGCGACGACUCAGAACAGGUGACACACCGGCACUCAGGUGUAUGACCUCUGCUGACCUCUGAUCAAAGAACCAAAAGAGGAGGGGGACAAGCGAGAGGCAGAGGAAAGCAGGCACCCAUCUUCUCCUGAGUUUAUGGACUGGAGGAAGGAGAGUGAGUGACAGAAUGUGCGAAAGAGGUAGACAUCCCCAAGGAUGAACGCUUAACCCUGACUUCUGACAGCGAGAUCAGACCUCUAAGUUACACAUCUAAAGGCAGCAGGAAGUAGGAAGAAAAGAAAGUGGUUUUCGAAGACGGCGAGGGGGACAGCUAAUGAGAGCGGAGCUGUGAGGAGCAGAAAGAUGGAUGCCACGAGACACACGCUGCCUCGCCUCCAGCUGACUGUGCCCAUGCCAAUGAAGACGGGGAAGGUGGCAAUGUCUCCAGGAGAGGACGGUCUGAUUGGGAUCCCCUUCCCGGAGCACAGUAAUGAGCUCUUGUCCCACCUGAAUGACCAAAGGAGGGCAGGACUCCUGUGCGACCUCACUCUGACAUCCCGCGGGGCCCGCUACCCGACUCACCGCUCCGUCAUGGCCGCCGUGAGUCUCUACUUCCGCCAGCUGUUCGGGGCAGAGGAGGGGGGCGGCGAGGGCGGAGGAGGUUUCAGCGUGUGCCAGCUGGACUGCGUGGCACCCGACGCCCUGGACGCCCUGCUGGAGUUCGCCUACACCGCCACCCUGACCAUCCCCAGCUCUGCGAUGAGAGAUGUGCUGCGAGGGGCUCAGCUUCUGGGCAUCCAGUGUGUGGCUGACGCAUGCAGAGACAUCCUGGGGGAGAAGGCGGAAGCAGAGGGGGAGACGGCAGAGGAGCAGAGAGCCCAACACACAGCUAGUGAGAGGAUUGUGCAGGGAGAGAGCAGGAUAAUGAAAGCCUCCCGGAGGAAAACGGACAAAAAGAAGGUGAAAAAAAUUGGAUCACAUCACAUCAACUCCUCGGUUUUGAACCAGUCACCUGCUUCUCCCGUCUCGCACCCUUCACCCGAAUCCGACAGCUUCCGCUCCCUGCCGUCUACCCAGCCGCCCAGCCCGGAGCAGGAGGAGCUUCGCCACAAAUCUGGGCAGAAUGGAGAUCCCAGGGCCAUCAGGGAGCCAGGGAGAGGGGCCACACCAAAUGGAGGGCUCCUCCACUGGCUCCACGAGCGCCCCCGCAUAGCCCACCCGCCUCCUGUCCCGCCCUUGACUGAUAAGCUGUCAGAGGAUGACGACAUGGAGGGUUUUGGCGACGAUGGUAUGCUGAUGGGAAGCAUCUCCAUACCCACCCCUGCAGCUGAUCAAGGAGCGUCAGCGUCUGCGGCGGGCGGUGGGAGGAAGAGGAAAUCUCAGACACCCCAGCAGUGCCCUGUUUGUCAGAAGAUCAUCCACGGAGCGGGAAAACUGCCUCGACACAUGAGGACACACACUGGAGAGAAGCCCUUCCAGUGCUCUGCCUGCGGAGUCCGUUUCACCCGGAAUGAUAAAUUGAAGAUCCACAUGAGGAAACACACAGGCGAGCGCCCCUACCCCUGCCCUCACUGCCCUGCUCGGUUUCUCCACUCAUACGACCUCAAAAACCACCUGUCCCUCCACAGCGGGGCGAGGCCCUUCGAGUGCCCGCUGUGCCACAAGGCCUUCGCCCGAGAGGACCACCUCCAGCGUCACCGCAAGGGGCACAGCUGCCUGGAGCUGCGCACACGCCGGCCCAGACGUGGGCCUGAGCACGGGGAGGAUGGGAGAGGGGACGUAGGCAGGAGGGAGCAGUCCAACCCUCUGGAGGCUCUGUCUUUACAGGCCCACUCCUCGGCGUUCCUCCCUCACCCGGUGCUGGAUGGUGGGAAUCGGGCCGGCCCCCCGCUGAUGUUUCCAGGUGACGUGGAAAGGGAGCGGUCUCUCGCCCUUCAGGCUUUGGCUCAAAUGGGGCCUCGCAGGCUGACCAGCUACCCUGAGCUCUUCCUACGAGGUCUGGAGCUGCGAGGAGGUAGAGAGGCGGAGGGGGAGGAUCCAGGAGGAACCCACUCGCCGGCUUCACAGCGUGACCGAUGGGGAGACGAAGUGGAAGAGGAAAUUGGUGAAGAGGCGGUGGAGGAAGAGGAAUAGUGAAAAGGGAGAGUGUGUGUGCGUGUGUUUGUGUGUGUACGUGUGUGUCUGUGUGGUAAAGCAUCCACAGUAAAAAAAAAUCUCACUCAGGUGGCUGGACUAAUGACCUGCUGCUCCCAUAUAGAGAGCGCUUAAAAAAAAAGAAACAACUAAAUGAUAAAAAAGAAAAAAAUGGAAAACGGGUUUUACUGCGAAAUUUUAAAUGUUUAUCUUCUGCCUCUCGGCGUUUUAUUUCAUUUGUCUUUUAACUUUUAUUUUUCGUUUGCCGUUUAUUUUUAUGCAUUUCCGUUUUGAGCUGAUUUGAUUAGAUUUUUCUAGCUGGACAUGCGUGUGUUGAGUGUGUGGUUACCGGGAUGCUUCUCACUAUGCAAACUCAAAUCCAGAGCUGCGACAUUUUGGGAUAUUUGAAGAUGUAUAUUUUAGUUACAAUAUAAAUGUAUUGAUUCAGGUGCAAUUCAGAAGUCUUAUCACCUAGAUAUCAAGAAUGAGCUUGUGUGGCCACUGUCCUCUGGUGGUUAUCAGUGGAAAUGCAGUCUAAUUUAUCCAACUUGUUCUGUACAUUGUAAGCAAUAAUAUUCUUUGUGUCUUUUCUUGUUUGUGGUAGAACCUUUGCUUUGAUUUGGUGCUUAAACCAAAGAUUUUAGUUGAACUGUUCUCUUACAUCCUAAGUUAACAGGAGAGGAGAGAGGUGAAUUGUAGCCAAUGUUGGGUUUGAAGAGAAGAUUCUUCCCAACUGUUCUGAUAGCCAUGAGAAAGAAUCUGCUUCCAUAUUUGAGUGUUUCAGAGCCGCUGAGCUCUGUGUUAAAUGCCUGACCAAAAAAGACAAAGUCUGGGUCGAUGAGUUGAUGUUGAUUGUGUUGAAGACAAUUCUUCUUUUCCGAAAGGCUGGAUUUCAGUCUUCCAAUGCACUCGUUUGGGUUCCUUGUUGCAAAAAAGAAAAAAGAAAGGGGGCAAGCUGAGGGCAUGAAAGAGAUGGCUUGCUCCGUUUUUCUGUACUUAUUUAUUUAUUGUUAUUUAUUAUGACUCUUCUGCUGAAACUCUUUUGUGAGACCAAAUCCAGGGUGGGGCACAGAUCGCAGCCCGCUUCUCGUCCAAGUCUUACAAGAAGCUGCAUUGCGCUAAAGAUUUUGGCUCAACGUCUCCACGUACCUAAACGCCUUCUUAUGGGCUGUGUGUCUUCUUUUGGCGAUUCUUCCUCGAAUGCAUUCUUUGCACAUUUAAUCCCGUCAGGUACUGCAAUAAUACAGGCACAUUCCAUCCUCCAGGGUUGAGAGAAGGGAACAGAGCAAAGAAGAAGCCAGGGGGUUCAAAACCUUCCGUGUAACUGGAACAUAAAAUGACUUUUCUGUUUUUGACGUUUUCAGCAUGCUUGUCUGUUGGUAAUCCAACAUGUAUAGUACUGUAUCACAUGUUAUCGCAUGGCAGUUCCUAUAGAUCGGCCACUGCUGUGUCUAAAGGGGCCAUUAUCUUUUGAGUUAAUCUGUCUUCGACCAAAACCCUUUUUAGCUUCAUCAUGCUUGCCCUGGACCAGUGCAUUAAGGCCUUUUGCAGGGUGUAAUGCCGUCAUUAAUGGCUUUAA